CGAAUAUAUUUAUUCGAAUAUAUUUUUUCGAACUAAAAAAAAUCAAACUGUAAGACCAACACAACUACGCGAUGAGUUUGAGUAAACUUUUUGCUGGUAGGAAGAGGAAUAGUUCAGUAUGGAAAUGGUUUAAAUACGAUGCGUCAUCCGACAAAUCAGUAUGUUUAGUUUUACUUGAUGGUGAAAAAGUAUGCAAUACAAAGUUGUGUGGAAAGAACCCAACAAAUCUUAAACUACAUUUAGCAAGAAACCAUAAGUCUGUACACGUUGAGCUGGAAGGGUCGGAAUUAAAGAAAUUAAGUGAAAAAAAGCAAACAGGGAUAAAGAGAAAAGCAGUGGAUGAAAAUGGACCCACUCUUUUAGAAUCGUCCUCAAAUCAGAACCAGACCUUGAUUCAAUGCAUUAAUCGUAGGAAUACCGCAUGGCCUAUUAAUUCACACGAGCAUAAAAUUCGACUAAACUCUCUUAUUCAAAUGAUAAUUGCAACAUGUAAUCCAGUGACAUUGGUGGAUAAUGCGAGUUUUAGAAAGUUAGUUAAUACCUUGGAUUAUAAAUUUUCAUUGCCUGCUUCUGCCAAAAUUACUCGCCUACUUAAUGAAGAAUUUACUGCUUUAACGAGAAAACUUCGUGACUUCAUAUCUGAAGGCAGGCGCUUCACAAUAUGCCUUGAUGGCUGGACUAAAAAAGGUCUUACUGCGUCCUUUUUAGGAAUUUCGGUUUGUUUUUUUCACUUCAAAUCCGAAAAACCAAUACAUGCUCUGCUUAAUUUAGAAAAAAUAUUGCUUGUUAUUUCGGACAAUGGAGCAAACAUGGUCAAAGGCAUAAAGUUGUCGAGAAUGAAAGCUCAAGCUGAACGUGAUAUACUUAUUGAAUUAGAAAGUGAGGUUAAUGAAGAGCAGAUAACAGAUCUGGAAGACGAUGAGAAUAUGACAAAUAGUGAAGAGUGGGAACAUGUUGACUUGAUAGUUGAUGUAAUAGAAAACGUAGCAUUUAGAAGAUUGGGAUGCAUUGCACAUGUUAUACAGCUAGUUGUAAAACUUGCAUAUGAUGGUAAAUAUCAUGGCUUACUUUUGAAGGUACGUGGAUUAGUGGGAAAAGUUCGCAAAUCUUCUGUUGCAUUGGAAAAAAUUAUCAACAAAUAUGGUAAGACUGUGAUCAGCGACUGUUCUACAAGAUGGAACAGCACUUACUUUAUGGUUCGGAGAUUUCUGGAAAUAAAGACAUCUAUCAACGAAGUGCUUGGAGACCUUAACAUUGAUUCACUUGCCAAUAGCAAUUGCACCAUUAGCUGA